CUCUCUCGUCUCAAAGUCGCCAUUUUUGUCCUACCUCUCCGGUUUGUACGUCAAGCCUUUCUUUCUGGAGUUGGUUCAAGUUUUUUCAAGUGUUGAAUUCCUGUUGAAAAAAUAGUUCGUGGUGGCCAAAAAGUGUACCAAAAGAAAGUCUAGCCCGGGAAGAACAUUCGGCGAACGGCAGAGUGUGGAUUCCGUGCCGUUUCUGGGGUGUUUAGUGCGUUGGAAAAGUUGGCAAUUUUUACCUCUCCGUUUUCUUCCCGUCGUCGACGUCGUGCGCCGAGAGUGGGAGGUGACGAAGAAGAAAAAGUCCCUGUGUUUAUUAAGCGCCGCAAUGGUGGCUGGCUAAUGGCUAAGCGGGGGAGCCAGCCUUUCUGUACUCUGUGAGGAUUAUUCUCUGUUGUUUUAAUUCGGUGUGUGAAAGAUUUGCUACAAGAAUCGGAGCUUCCGGACGAGGUCAGGUCACGUCAGAUUUGAAACGGUGGCGGCAACAUGAGUGACUCCGACGAUGACAUCAUGGCCGGAGGGGGAGCCCGUAGCAGUCGUCGGCUGCGACGCAGAACGGGACCGAGUUCAUCCACGGCUGCCGGACCGGCGCCUUCCAGUUCGGCGAGGGGCUCGGCACGUAGGGCUGCGGCAGUGGCCAAUCGGAGACGGCUGCGGGACGACAGCAGUGACCAGUCUUCCGGUGCGGAUAACGGGAACAGCGAUAGUGGCAGCGAGAUUGAACAAUCCGCACGCAAGAAGAAGGCUAAGAAGUUUGUGGAAGACGACGAGGCGGGCCCGAGUGGAACGCAGCAGCCCGUCGUCCACGAUAGUUCCGAGUGGGAAUCCGACUGGAACAGCGACGAGGAACAAGCGUUACUCAAUUCCGGUGGUCAGCAGGCCGCUGCCGCUCUUGUAAGCAAACUAGGGUACGCUUCGGACUCGUCAACUAGCAGCAACGACAGCGAAAAGUGUCCCAUCUGUUUGCUGUCUCUGAACGACCAGGAGAUCGGUGUCCCAGAGGUAUGCGAGCACAUAUUCUGCGCUCCCUGUAUCGAGGAAUGGUCCAAAAAUGUCACGACCUGUCCAAUCGAUCGCAAAAACUUCGAUGUCAUCAACAUCUACAAAAGUGUCGAUAGGAAACAAUUGGUUCGCAAGAAUGAGGUGCAGGUGAAGGCACCGGAUGAAGUUCCCCUCGUCGAGGAUCAUGAGUUGACCAAUUGCGAAGUCUGCCGCCGUCCGGAUCGCGAAGAUUCCAUGCUGCUUUGCGAUUCGUGCAAUUUGGGCUAUCACAUGGAUUGUCUGACUCCUCCACUGACGGAAAUUCCAUCCGGAUCAUGGUACUGCGAUUGCUGUUUCGCCUCCGGUUCCGAUGCAGAAGAUGACGAAGAGGUCGAAGAUUUGUUGAACGACCUCGACGAGAUCGGUGGUGUUCGACAGACUCGGCUGCGCAUGCGCAUGAACAGUCCUCCGAGAAUCGUCCGAACCAGACAAAGCGAACGGAUCCGGGCAACGAUCCUCACCCGUACUGCGACGGCUGUUCGCUUGAACGUCGUCGAAGAUUUGGAUCAACCCGGUCCGUCCACAAGGGCCAGAAGUGGAGCAGUCGGUGGAACGUCCGCAAGAGCGGCCCCGGCGAGAACGGUUCGUAAGCGUCGUAAGCGUCGAACUCGGAGGAAAAUUUUGAGGAUGAUUAUCUCAGAGUACGAUGUGGACAAUGACGACGAAAAAUUCGCUAUCAAACGGAAAAAGAUUUACAACACUUUGAAAAAGCUGAGCAAAAAACGUUCGAAGCGUAAGCGGGCAUCUCGCAAGAGCAGGGAAGCUACAUCCGGACUUAACGAAGAAGGAGCUGAUGUGCAGCGUCAGCGCUUCAGCACUGGUAUUCCAACGUUGAAGAUCUUCGGAGGGGCCAACGAUCUGGAUUACUUCUCGGAUGAGAAUGCCGGCGACGAUGACUUGGAAGCGGAUGUUUCGCUUGGAGGCCGAGGCGAAACCGCUGCCAUUUCCAGCAUUCGUGCAACGCUGCGAAAUCCUCUGGGACGUAGAAGAGUUCUGAAGAGCGGAUUCGAAGCUAGCUCAACCAGUGGAUCGGUUGACCUGCUCGGCAGUAUUAUGGAGAAUCAGGAACGUUGGCAUUCCAAGAAAGGGCUGGGAGAUGUUAAAAUUGAUAACGGUAAAAUUAUCUUCAAAAAUGACAGCCCUCAAAAGAAGGAUUCGAAUCCCCCGGGAGCAACCCAAGCUGGAAUUGGGCACAACUUCCAGGGCGGUGUUACCGUAUCUUCAGGUUCCAACACCGGGGCGGCUGAUUCUACCAGUUCCAAUCGAAAUGGCCAGUCCAGCGAAACGGGAGGCUCGUCUGGAGUCGCCGCCGCCGCUAGUUCGACGUCUUCUGGAGCAGGUGCUGGUGGUAACAAUGAUAAUAAUGACAGCGUUCCCGAUCCUUCGGAUAUGUCUAUCUUUGUGGAUUUACCUCCUCUAAAGAAUCCCAGUGAGGAGGAUGAAGAUGAAAAGAAGAAAAAGAAGGAAUCGUUCGAUAUGUUUGGAUCAGAACCUAUUCCACUGCCUUCCGCGUCGACAUCCGGUCAGCCAGGUCCGACGUCGAUCAAUCCCGCUCCAGAAAGCACCACUGCGGAUGACUCGGAUCUUGCUCCGGGUUCAUCCAAAGGGUUUGGCAAAUUCAAGUAUACAAUGACCUCAGAAGCCAAUAACUGCCCAAAUUUUUCGGUUUACUCAUCGGAAACGCUCCAGUAUGCAAAGACCGGCGGCGAGGAACCGUACGAUCCGUUAGACAGUGAGCAAAAAACCGAUGAUGAGUUUGAAGAGCGUGACGAAGAUCUGGUUCAGUUGGACGAUGAAGAGCCUGCAGCUCAGAAGCCAACGGACACCCCAGCUGAGCCGGACCAGGAACACAUUCCGAAUGGAACCGAUAAGCUUCCGGUGGGCGAUCUGGAUCACGAUGCGUUCGAUUCCGAUUCCGACGACGAACUGAAAAAGAUAGAGGAAUCGUCCGCACCCAUUGGUCCGGAACCGGAACCGACCGACGAGCUGGAAGCGUUGACACCGCCCCUCACAACAACCGUAGCUGCUGCGUUGGCUUCUUCGGGAACCGCUGUUACUACGACAGCUGGGCUACACGCCGAGACGGUUGUGGUCGGUGAAGCAAGCACAACCACUGCUCCCAGUGCAGGUGCUGCUCCGGCUAAUUCGGCCCAAGGUGAAGAGGAUCGCAGUUACACCCCGUGUCUGGACGAAAAGUACCAGGAAGCUCGCCGGGAACACGACAAGAGUGGCUCAACGCCAACUCUACCGCCACCAUCUCAGAAAGAAGGCAUUGAUGGCAUGGACACGGAAAUGAUUUCUGACGAGGAUGAAAAUACGUUCAAGGAAGAUGAAGCUCGACCGACCUCGGCAUCGAAACCAUCGUCUUCUGGUGCUAGGAAGAAGGAUCUUGCCUUCAAGAAGGUAAACAAGAAAGGAAAGGAACGUAACUAUCGUGACAAGGAAACCAAAAAACGGGAUCGCAAUGACAACGACAAGGAAAAUCACGACCGCCGCUCGCGAGAACGCAAUCGUCAGCGUCGCCCCAAGAGGAAGGAGCUGGAACGUUACGAUGUCCGCACGGUAAUUGAGAAACGUCCGCGGGUGAUGAAGGAUCCCUUCGGUAGGGACGUUACUCCGAGACCUCGUUCCAAGACUCGCAGUCGUAGUCGCACCCGUAGCCGUACACCGGAGCGUCGUCGGGAAUUGUCAAUUUCGCUGAGUCCAGAACCUCCACGACGCUUCAACAGAAGACGUUCGCCUUCGCCACGGUUCCGAGCAGGACGCAAUCGUUCACCGUUGCCGUUCCGUAGAAACGAAGAAAGAAGAUCUUUGUCCAGAGGUCCUAGAAUGCGAUCCAUCAGUAGGCAGCGUUCGAGAUCUCCAGUGGUCGCUCGUCCACGUUUGAUUCCACGAUCCAUUUCAAGAACACCUUCCCCUCCUCCUCGUGCUCGGCUUCCACGGUCAAUCUCGAGAACGCCCAAGUCACGCUCCCGUACUCCGGACAUUCGUGGGGCCAAAACAAAGAAGACUAAGAAAAAGAAACGUCUAGCUUCGGUUAGCAGAAGUCGCAGUCCUAGCGUCGAUCGCGGUAAGAAAAAGACCAAGAAGGGACGCAAGAAGAAGAACAAACAUCGCAGCAGGUCCCCAGGUGGUAAAAAGAAGAAGACCAGAAGGAGGUCCGCAUCGCCCAUGAUGUCACGGUCUCGGUCGAGAUCCACGUCGAUUCCGCCGGCGCAAACCACCGGAGUCCUAACCGAGCGAUUUGCCAAGGUUCGACAGCAGAAUUCGUGGACUCCUCCGCCACCGGUGCGACCGAAAACCAAUGGCACCAAUCUGACGGUGAUUCUGACGAACGAGGAAGCGCUGGCAAAACAAGCAAAGGAACGCGAGCGCAAGCGAAAAGAAGCUAGGCGCCGCGAUCGGGCACGUGACAAAAAUCUACCCUCGAAGGAAGUAUUUACAUCAGGUGAUAAUAUAUUAGUUAGUGUUAGUUUUAACGACAAAAAUUUAAAUAAGGAGAAUGAAGCAGCUGCCGAAGGAGAAGCCGCUGCGAUUACACAUAAGAGAUUGAAAGACAUGGCUAAGAAGCGAGCCGAAGCUGAAAAGGCCAAGCGAAGACGUCUGGAGCGUUUGAAAAAGACUCGCGGUGAAGCUCCCAAACCAGUGGUCAUUAUCGACCUGGACCGGUCACCGUUCCGCGUAAUGACUCCUUCUCCCAGGGCGGUAAUUGUCCUAAGUGACAGCGACAACGAGAAGGACAAAGACCGACGGGAUGCCGACCCCAACAGAGCCGGUGCCGCUGGAAAUCAACAAGUUAACGCAGAAUCCAGUACUAAUGGGCCGUCCUCGACGAUGCGGAAAUCUCCUGCCGAGCGGCAUGAAGAGGACAUGUUUGGUCCAAAAACACCUCCCGGCUUCCCCAGCCAACCGCAGCCCUCGCAGAGCAAACCUCAAGCGCCAAAGUUUUCCAUGCAAGUCAAGUCGAAAACUUCGAAUAUUCGUCCUAUGAAUCUCCUGUACGAGCCAGGCGAGCUGGAUGAAGGCAAAACUCCCGAACGAAUGGAUAAUGCCGAAAGCUCCUACAGCAUGGUUGGCCCGAAUACCCCUCCGGAACCGGCCCCACAAUCCCCCUCACCGGAUGUAUACGAUCCGUUCGAACCGACGAAAUCUCCCUCUCCGUCACCGCCACGGCGUGACAAUGUCUCGAUUGAGCGCCUCUCCGAUCUGGACGAUGCUGUUCUUCCGUCCAGCAGUGGCAAACCGGACGGCCCAGAUUCCGGUACUGGUGACCCGAAGGCCGAUUCUCAGAACCAGGACGAAGCUAUAUCCGGUGAAGUCGAUGCUCCACGGGGCAACAAAAUCACAAUCCUUAGCAACAUUGUUAUCAGUCAACCGACGAACAGCGUCUCGGGCGUUGUCAGCGGUUCCGGUGUCGUGUCCGCAAGCCAAAACAACGGUGGCGAUGACUCGGACGUGAUCUUCGAUGACUUUGUUUCCUCGUCGGCUCCAGUGCCCAGCAGCAAUGUCGGUUACAGCACUUCCGGUGCCAACCAGUCGACAAACCCCAUCAAAUCGUACAGCACGGCGGCCAACUCGUCGAGUUUGAUCUCGAAACUGCCACUGCCGCCGGGAGCUACCGCGGGUCAGAAAUUCAACGACUUUAUCAAUCCAACCGAUUCGCCGUACUCGCCGGGGGCGAGUGACUUUGACGAUCUGUUCGAGGCGGGUGGCGAGUUGGAUUCGCCUCCGGCGGCACCAGUCAAGCAGUCCUACAAACCGACCAAGAUUCUCUCGAAGGGAGCCAAGAAGGGCGGCGGCGGCACGUUUGAUACGUUGUUUGGAAGCUCGCCUGCCAAUAACUUCAAACGGGGCAAGAAGCAUAAGCGAAGAGCCAAGGCGAAGGGUGACGAUGAUGAAGAUCUUUCCAAAUUGUCCACGAAGGAUAGGUUCCUCAAGAAAUUGAACCGAUUGGAACGGGUGGUGGAAGAGGUUAAACUGGUCAUUAAACCAUUCUACAAUAAGAAACAAAUCAACAAGGACGAGUACAAGGACAUUAUGCGACGUGCUGUCCCGAAGAUUUGCCACAGCCGUACAGGGGAAAUCAACCCGAUAAAGAUCCAGAAGCUCAUCAAGGCGUACGUCCGGAAGGUCCGAGGUCGGCGACGGCUCGCCAAGAAAGGCGGACUUGCCGGUGGACCCGGACCGCUCAUGGCGCCCGGUGCAGCCAAUCCGAUUCUCAUCUAAACGGCUCUCGCGGCUGAAUCAUUUCUGCACCAGUACUUGGACGAAGAGGUUCCCCCUCCUUUCCGCAACUCCAGCAAUAUACCCGGUAACAGCAAGCAGAACGUCACACACAGACACACUCAUACACAGCAAUACACACAUACACACAAACCCUCUAUUCCCGUACUGACUCCACGGGAUGGUGUAAGAGCAUGAACGGACAGUGCAAGCAAGUUAAAAUUUGGUAAACGUUUUUGUUUUUGCUUCAUUUUUUACUUCGUUUUCCACACGAACAAACUCUUGGUGUCGCAAGGAGAACAGCAGACGUAGUCCUACGUCAAAAUGGGUGAAUUGUAAGGCAGUGCACCAGACACUGCUUGAUGCAUUCGAACGUUCUCGCGCUCGCUUGAGGGCGUUCAUUCGGCGGAAGAUUGCAUGAAACGUUUGUGAACAGUGUUUUCUUCCAUUGAAAGAAAGCUGUCACAUUUAGGCAGGAACACAAAUGAUUGUAAAAAAAAUGAUUGAACAAAUUUAUUAAGUGAAGAAAAAUAUGCAUCUACUUGGAGCAUAAGGAUUCCUUAUCGAAUGAAACGACUAGUUUUUUUGUUGUUGUAUAGAGUUAAGUAAAAAAUAGAACACACGAUCACGCAUCAAAUUCACUCAUAAUUGUGGUAGAAAGUUGCUACACAAGAAAGUCUAGUAAAAAGGGUAUUUAUAAAAAUUAUCAUAAUAAAAUAUUUAUUGAAUAUACAACAAUUACUAGAGGUUAGCGUAAGCUGAGUAGAUCGUGCUAAUUAUAGAGACUAUUCUCUUAUUAAGGUACAGUAUCAAUGUAAAGUUUGUCCAAUUACAAUCUAGCUACCGUGUGUCAAAAAAAUGUCAGUACAGCUAUUUUUAUUCACAAAUAUGUUUUUCGAAGCUUUCAUCUCCAAUGUUUCAGUAACAAAACUAAACAGUUUUAUAUUUCACCAAAACACUCCUUAGUACAUGAGAUUAGAUUGGUCAAAUUUGAACUUUUAAUACAACUUUAGCCAAUCUUAAAUUUCAGAACUUGGUGAUUUAAAUGAGAUAUUUCUGAAAAAAAAAAAUCUGUACAGACAUUUUUAACAACACGUCGGCAUUGUCUGAAGCUAACCAAGUUCACAAAGCCCUGCUUGUUAUUCCUUCGAUAUGAUCUUAUAAAAUGCAAAACAUCAAACACUCCGCCGAAAAACCGCUACUGGAUUGUACUAUUCCAGAGGGCAACACGUGCAAAUAUACACAGAAGGAAAGACAGAGAAAACAUACAUCAUCCUUUCCACAAAACUUGCUUGACACCGGAGUCUUCGCCGUAGACAGAGCGUAAACCGGCGGCCGAUUGUAAAAAAAAACCUGUCGAAAUUAGUCUACUUAUUGCGCAGUUCGGUAGAUGAGUAACACAGACAGGAUGAUCCCAAAUGAACAUACCACACAGCAAACAGCCGCCGCCUCCGCCGUAAGGUUUAAGCAUUCAAGCGUAAGGUUUAGCCUUUCCACAAUACUACUACCUACUACAAUUAAAAACAAGUGAGUAAUUUUAAAAUUUGUAGUAUUGCCUAUGAGGAACACAUGAAUUCAUCUAAAUACACAACAGAGGAAAUGCUAAAUAAAAAUAAAUAGUUUAAGAAUAAAA